UUGUUUUUAAUUACUUCAUUAAUGAAUGUGUUAUCUCGUGAAUAUGUUUAUAAGAAUAAUAGCUUCAGAAUAUGUGCAUUCAUUUGUAAAGGACUCUUAACUAGCACAAGGUCAAUUGUUCUAAAAGAAUAGUGUCCCGAGUAAAACGAAACUGCACUAUAUCUCCUGUUUUAGGAUAUUAUUUUUGUUGAUAAUAAAAGAGUUUUUGAAUUAAAUCAUCGACCGAAAACUAAUAUUAUAACUAUAUAGCUAUGCAAUAAAAUUAUUAAAUUUAACAUAAAAAGUUAUAUUUAAUAGCCCCCUCACACAAAAUUAAUAAAUGUACCUAAAAUAGAAAAAAUAGGAAAAAGUGUCACUUUCUCAAAAGAAAGGGGUUAGAAAACCAUAAAAACAAACACUAUGUCAUGGGAGAGCAUUGUAUCAAAAGAUCUACUCAGCAUUCCACGGAGUACUAACUUAUCAGCAACACAUUUACUAGCCUCACCCGAUGGAUCACGAUAUUUAUUGGAUCAUUCAAACGAAUUAUGUCAAUUAGAAGAGAACUACUCGAGACUUGCUGGUUGUGGAUCUAGCCCAGAAGAUGGGGGAUCUCGUUCCUUAUGGAUACGGCAUGGUUUCGCGCGAUCUGAUUCGGGAAAUACUGUUAUUAGUUGCUUUUGGGCAUGUCAGCGCAGCUUACGUCAAUAUAUAGCAAAACGAAAGAUUGAGAGGGGACUUCGGCUUUACGAACAACAUAAUCAGACAGCCGCUGUUCGAACAUGGCGAAGCGCUUUGAAAGGCGUCUGCCGACGGGAGGAUUGUUUUCAGCUACUAGGGUAUCUUUAUCAGGCUCACAUGGAUUGGGGAAAAUAUCGGGACGCAAUUGAUUUUGGUCAUCAACAAUUGGGAAUAUCGGAAGAACUUGACUCACCGAACAUGCGGGCCGAAACCUAUUUAAAUUUAAGUCGAGCGCAUGCGAGUCUGGGUGGUCUAGAACGAGCUUUAUCUUAUGCUCGUCACUCGCUUUACAAUGAAUCGGGGACAAAAUGUCGUAGUGGACUAGUUCAUUUGACAGUGGCACGAGUCUAUCUUGAAAUGGGCGGAUUUUCAAGGGCUUUGGAGGGUUUACAAGGUGCUCACAAGAUAGCCAUGGCCAUUGGUGAUCCCUCCUUAGAACUUCAAGUUUACGUGGCUCUCUCUGAACUGUUCGGUCGUCUGCAGGAUAAUGACAAGAGUGCAACCUAUGCAUCAAAGGCCUACGACCUAUCGCGCUCAUUGCAACUCGGCGACCUUAAUUCUUGCCACCACAGAGCAGCGUUAUUACGAAUGGCAGCAUCUUUACGCAAGCAAGGCGAUCUAGGCGAUGCACACGAUUAUUGCAUGGAAGCAACGAGGCUCUCACUGAUUUCCGGCGAUCAGGCUACAUACAUGCGCAGCAUUCGCGUCAUGGGCGAUAUUUACCGCAAAAAGAUGGAUAUUGAUCGAGCAUUUAGACAGUAUGAGCAGGCCAUGGGAACAUCGUCAACUUUUGGCGAUCGUAUGGCUCAAAUGGAAGCGAUGGAUGGCGCCGCCAGGUGUUUGGAAACCUUGCGCCUUCAAAGUAAGAUUUGCAAUUGUCGGCCCUUAGAAUUCAACACUCGUCUUUUGGAAGUAGCCAGUUCAAUUGGCGCUAAGUUUUUGGUACGAAAAAUACGAAGUCGAUUAGCUCUCAUAUAUCGCGCACUAGGUGAUGAGGAUCAGUGUAAUACACACCUUCGGUUAGCCGACCAGACUGACGCAGCUCUAGGUCUUAAAUGUGGCGCCUGUGGUGAAGUUUUUGGCCUUCAGCCUGCUAAUCUGGAAGCACUGCCUUGUGCACAUAUUCUCCAUGCCAAAUGUGCCCAUGAAAUUUGGAGACACCGGGAUAAAAAUGCUCCUAUGCGCUCUUGUCCAGCAUGUCACAAGAUACUAAACUCACAUCUUCAUCUUUGUGAAAACGGCAGAGGUCCGGAAAAUGAUAACUUCGACCAGAGCAGCCUUUCGCUCAAUGCAAAUGGUUUCAAUCUGGAUGGAUUUAUUACACUGAAUCCAGAGAAUGUUCUCCCACCACUUCCAAAUCAGACCGCAAAGGAAUCGUCGGUGAUGUUUUGCAAUGGCCUCAAAAAUAAGUCCAUGCCUAGUAUCGAGAAUACCGUAUUUCUAUCGACGAGUCCAUAUGCCGCGAAAGCUGUGUAUAGAAGCAACUUAUCAUUGGCCUCCCUUAGUAUUCAGGCGUCCAACCUUACCAUUGAUAGUGAAAGAAAUGCAACAUCUUCAGUCUAAAGUGGAAUCGUGGAAGCGUUUCAAAUUUAAAGUGUAAGAUUCAAGAUUUAAAAUAGUUAAUAGCAACUCAAGUACUGUAAAAGCUUGAACUAAUAAUGAAUUGUUUGAUUUUAAUAAUUUUGGAAGAUGUUAAAAUUAAACUGAAUUAUUUACACACAAAAAUUUGAUAUCGUUCCAAAUAUAAUAAAUCUAUAUUGUAAUU